GCGCAGAGCCUCAGAAGAACCCGAGACGAGCAUCUUCACUAAAAUCGCGAGGAACUUCUGAGGUACCGGGUAUUUUGACAGAAGCGGGGAAACCAAAAGAAAAAAAAACAUGUUUUUGUGAAGAUCUAGCAAUUCUAACUGUGUGAGACAUGUCGCCCGCGGAUGCACCUAAAAAGCAAAGGUCCAUUUCAUUUUUUCCCUGAAUUUCUCCUGGACUGCUCCGCUAUGAGUGUGCAUUUCGGUGACUCAAAUGCAUUUUAAGGGAGUGAGAACUGAUUCCUUUCGGCUUGCUAGUUUGGGAUUUUCAGUCGAAGGUGCCGUCAUGUCUGGAACAUUUCGUUCAUUGUUUUUAGUCCUGCUGGGCGUGCUGACGGCCUGGGCGCAGACGGAGAUGAAGAGGGUGGUGGGGGAGAACACCACCCUGCCCUGCCACCAUCAGUUCCGGGGCCCCGACUCCCAGACGCUCGACAUUGAGUGGCUUCUGCAGAGACCCAACUCAAAGCAGUCAGUGGUCAUCACGUACUUUGGGGGUAAAGUGUACGACCCCAACGGGAACCCGGACAGUCGGCUUUCCUUCGCGGGGGACUUCCUGAGGGGCGACGCCUCCCUGCUCAUCGGCGACCUCCUGCUGACCGACUCUGGGGAGUACAGCUGCAAGGUGAAGGCCGGGGGCAAGUACCACUGGAGCACAGUCGUCCUCAUCGUGCUGGUAAAGCCCUCGAAGCCCCGCUGCUGGAUGGAGGGCCGUCUCCUGGAGGGCAGCAGCGUGAAGCUGAGCUGCAAAUCGGCCGACGGCUCCGACCCCAUCAACUACCGCUGGGACCGGGUGCUGGACAAGGGCCAGGGCGCGGGGAAGCUGCCCUCCCAGACACGCGUCGAUUUGAAGAAUCCUGAGAUUGUCACCCUGCAGAAUUUGACGCAGGAGAGUGCAGGUGUGUACAGGUGCACAGCCAGCAACGACGUCGGUGAGGAGAACUGCUUCAUCGAGGUCACCAUGCACUAUGCACGGGGAACGGGCGUGGUGGCAGGGGCAGUGGUGGGCGUGUCCUUCGGCGUGACCCUCAUCAUCCUCAUCAUCUGGCUGGUCUUCCGCAAGAAGGAGAAGAAGAAGUACGAGGAGGACGAGACGCCCAACGAGAUCAGGGAGGACGCGGAGGCUCCCAAGGCCAAGCUGGUGAAGCCGAACUCGCUGUCCUCGUCCCGGUCGGGCAGCUCCCGGUCGGGCGCCUCCUCCACACAGUCCAUGGUGCACAGCAGCGCCCCCCGGGGGCAGCGGCCCCGCCCGCCCGCCGUGGCCGCCCUCAGGGAGAACGGGCAGCCCCCCAGCUACGCGCAGGCUGUGCCCAAACCCCCCGAGCCCAGCACCCCGAAACUCACCCCCAGCAACCUGACCAGGAUGGGAGCCACGCCCGUCAUGAUCCCCGCCCAGUCCAAGGCCUUUCAGACUGUGUAGGAGGAAGAGGAGCCAGCACAACUCACCCCCCCGCCCCGACGCCCUCUCCACCCCCCUGACCUGCCCACCUGUCCAAAGCAAAAACACUCUGUGGGGGGAAAAAACCUACACGGGACUGUAACAAAACAAAAGGGAUGUAAUUAUAAGGAAUCGAUAAUUCAAAUCAAAAAAGCGAAAGCUGUUUCGAUGUGUUUAAACACACGCGUAUACUAAAAAGGGAAAAUUGGAUGUGCUUGCCCCUUCUGAAUUUUAAAGAAUGAAUACUGUAAUUAAUCAAUUAAUUCAAUUAAACUAGACAAGAAUAAAAAUGUUUUUUCUGCCUUUCUUUCGUUGGAGGCAGAACUUAGUUCUUUGAUGCGUCUGGUUGUACCUCUGAAUGCGUGGGAAGGGAUGUGCGCUGGGCGGGAGGAGGAGAACAAUGUCCCGCGUCCGGACCCCUCCACCCCUGGGGGAGGUUUAAAACCGGACGCAAGGACGCCAUUGGCCGGUGACGAGCCUCGAAUCGCACGAGGAGACUGGUGCAGAGAGAACACGGUGUCCCACCACCGUCUGCACCACCUGAGCGUCAGACUCCAUCACGGCGACCGCCCCCUGUCCCCCGCCCCUCGCCCCCCGCCCCCCCGUCUCCCGCCCGAGCACCGCUUGCCCCUCCCCCAUCUCCCGGUGGGGGGUCUUGUUGCUCCUUGCAGCGUGU